UGCGGUAUUGAGAAACAGAAAAGCUGCAAAAAGUGUAAUCAGCUCGUGUUGUCAUCAAGCAUUUUUCCAGCCGAUUUUCGCGUGGAAAAAGCUUAACGAUAGUCUAAAAUUAUGUAGCUAAAACGAGGUGCAACGGAAGCAAACCGCUAAACAGUACGUGGGUAGGAAGUGAACGGGUCUGGCCGUGGUGUCCAGAAUGCCGUGCCAGGGCUGUUGUGUUUAGGAAUUGUGUUAGUGUCGUGUAAUCCCGCAGCAGCAUAGAAUCUGACGCAUGCAUUCAUGGAAAAGAAGGCGGAAAAAAGUAACACACAACUGGCAGUCGCAGAACCGGUGAUGGUGAAAGUGAAUGUGUACAGUAAAGCAUAAGGUGGAAAAACGUGCAUUGCAAUAUAUAAAAAAGUAGAAACACUUGCGUUAAAUGUUUUUUGUGCGUUUUUUUUUCUGUUGUUGUGCAUGAAGAUAUAAAGUGAAUCAUAUUUGUAACAUACAAGUGCACACACAGUGGCAAUCCAGCGGGUGGUGCAGGUUAUGUUUGGCAACCCUUCACAUAAGUAAACGGUCCUGUCAGUUCAAGACCGGAAGCGAGCAUGGAUCCGGAGCAAAUUCUUCUGGACGGUAAUGAUUUCGAGGACGGUUCGGAUUACGGUGAUUACGAGUUCAUACAGGACCAGGAUGCACUAUCGUUGAAUGCUCCGCUUGACACCAUUCUGGACCCAUCGGCUGCACCAGUUUCGUGUCAAUCGUCUCCGAACGAAGACUCGUUGGCGAUAUCGCAGAACCUGGAUGAACAGACGGUUGGUGACACUGGCAGUAGCAACAGCAACAGUAACGGCAGCAACCAUCGGGAUACGAUACGUAUCAUCACGCAACAGGGUCAACCGAACCGGCCACAACAUCAGAAGCUAACGAUCAAAACAAUUAUCCUUAGCGGUUCGGGCCCGUCCUCAUCGAUCGCCGGCGUUACCACAAGCGGCUCUGGCACGUCUCUGGUUACGCUCAACAGUGGGACAGCAUCGUCUUCCUCUUCGAACGCUUCGUCACCUGCCUCAUCGUCCCCAUCGUCCGUGUCUUCGCCGGCACCGGCAAUCGGUGGUUCCGCUGCCCCGGUACGGUUCGGUCUUGGCGGUGGCAAACCAUCGGCAGCGGCACUACGCCGCGGGCCCGGACGACCGAAAAAAGAUUUCAUUCCCCUGCUAAAGAUGUCAUCAUCCGGUGGUGGCGCAAACUCCACCGGACCGGCCGGUACCGGCGUGUCCGGAUACGUCGGUACGUCCACGAUGAUCAAGCUGAGCGGGGCUACGAUCGCGGCCGCUGCAUCAUUAGGCGGUGGCAACACAUCACCCUCAUCCGAGAGCAAGAUCGUUAAAAGUCCAAGAACCCCGUUUCCACUGCUUUUUAGAUAUAAGAGUACUAAUGUUGUUCGUGGUGGUAUCCCUAAAAGGAAAGUGGAACUAGCCGCCAUUGCAAUGCACGAUAGCACCGUCGCGACCACCAUUACUUCCAGCACCACCGCGGGCGUAAGAAGCCCUUCCGGUAGUACGUCUCUGCCUUUAUCUUCACCGACGGCUGGCACACCAACGUCUGGCGGUGGUGGAUUUGGUUCACUGUUAUCUUCCCCGAACGAGGACGGUCCGACGGGUGGUGCCAGUACAGCAAACAGCUCCGUAGCAUCGACACCGACCGGAGAGCUGGAAGCUGAUCCGGCGCAGCUGAUGCCGGCACCCGACGAUAUGCCGUACUUUCCCGAGAAGUAUCCGGGCAAGCUGUGCAUCCUGUGCAAUCUUGGCGAACGCAGCCAGCUUGGACAGGGUGAAAUGUUGCGCAUCGAGAUGACGCUGGCCGCGGAUCAGAUUGCGUCCGCUUUGUCGCAGGAGGAAAAGCCGCAAACGACGGGUAGUAGUUCAACCGGGUCGGGCGACAGCUUCGGUGACAAAAGUCCGAGAGCGUCCAGUUUGCUGGGACCGCCACAUUUUGGUAGCAGCAAGCGGCAGAAAGGUUCAAACAAGUGCAAAAAUCCAAUACCAAACGCAGAGUAUACGGACGAGCUGGAAAAGAUCGGCCAUCUGGAGGUGCUUGAUAGCUCGAUCAAUGAUGGAGGAUAUUUCUACAUUCAUCGGUCAUGUGCGCUUUGGUCGUACGGGGUCGGUCGGGAUCCGGUGAGUGGAACGCUUAGCAACCUGGAGGUGGUUGUAGUUCAAAGUCUUAGCAGAAGGUGUCACUUUUGCACACAUUUCGGUGCCAGUUUAUCGUGUAAGAUGUCUUGCCCUAAGUGGUAUCACUUUCCGUGCGUUGCUGCGUCCGGCGGAUUUCAGGUCAUACAGACGUACAGCAUCUUCUGCAAGGAACAUCUGGGACAAGUGCCUUUAGUGUGUACGGAGGACAUAAAUUGUCGGCAGUGUUCGGCACUGGGCGAUGUCGGCAAUCUGAUCAUGUGCUCCAUCUGUGGCGAUCACUACCAUGGUACGUGCGUGGGGUUGGCCCAGCUACCCGGCGUACGGACCGGCUGGCAGUGUAACUCUUGCAAAAAGUGCCAAAUCUGUCGUGUACCUGAUUCGUCCGAGGGUCGGUCGGUGGCGUGCGAGCUGUGCGAUAAGAUCUACCAUGCCAGCUGCCUUCGACCGAUCAUGACAACGAUACCGAAGCUCGGCUGGAAGUGUCGCUGCUGUCGGGUAUGUUCGGACUGUGGAGCACGAACACCCGGUGCCGGUGCAUCCUCCCGAUGGCACUCACACUAUACCGUCUGUGACUCGUGCUAUCAGCAGCGCAACAAAGGCUUCUCCUGUCCGAUUUGUCACCGGGCGUACCGGGCGGCGGCCCAUCGGGAAAUGGUAAAGUGUAGCGUGUGUUUUAAGUUCGUGCACAGUACGUGCGAUUCCGAUGCGGAGCUGUCCGUGUACAAUGCGCGCAAGGAAGCCAACCCGGACUACGAGUAUCUGUGCAGCCCUUGCAAAACGGUAAUACACAGCGGACGUUUGGCUGCGGCCCUGCGCCGUAGCAGCAAUGUGGACGAGGACAGUAUGUCACUGUCGCAGGAAAGCCUUAACGAUGAGGCAAUGGAUGUGGAUGGACCGGACGGUCGUGAAAGUGCGGUACGAGACAGGUUGGAGCGGUCCGGCGGUUCGCUGGAUGUCGGCCUCGGUAAAGGGAAACCGUACGUAGCCAGUAAAAUAGCGAAAAAACGGCUCGGACUGUCGCUUGCCGGUGGUCUAGCCGGUAACCGACCGAAGGGGCUUGGUAAAGGAUUUCAGAAAAAAUCACGUCUUGCGGACAUUACGCGUAAACGUGGCUCGAAAGCAAAAAUGCGUGGAAUUUUCGGUGUGCCUGGGUUGGGACUACAACGUCCCACGGCCGAUCUUGCCCUAACUGCGAAAGCGAACGAGGAGGAACCGGGUGGAGAGAAUCGGUUAGUGUUAUGCUCGGCAAAGGAUAAGUUCGUACUGACGCAGGACAUUUGUGUGAUGUGUGGUGCGAUCGGUACGGAUCAGGAAGGGUGUUUGAUUUCCUGCACCCAGUGCGGCCAGUGCUACCAUCCGUACUGUACGAACGUGAAGGUGACGAAGGUAAUACUGCAAAAGGGUUGGCGCUGUUUGGAUUGUACGAUCUGUGAAGGAUGCGGCCAGCGGCAUGACGAAGCGCGCCUUAUACUGUGCGACGAUUGUGACAUCUCGUACCAUAUCUACUGCAUGGAUCCACCGCUGGAACAGGUGCCGCAGGGCACGUGGAAAUGUAAGUGGUGUGCAAUGUGCCUUAAGUGCGGCGCCAACAGCCCGGGCUACAACUGUACCUGGAUGAACAGCUACACAGAGUGUGGACCGUGCGCUAGUCAGCAGAACUGCCCGUCGUGUAACGAGGGUUACGCCGAGGGUGAGUUGAUCAUACAGUGUCAUCAGUGUGAACGGUGGCUGCACUGUUUCUGUGAUCAGAUCAAAAAUGAAACCGACGCGGAACGAUGUGCCGAGGAUGGGUAUACCUGUAUGGCCUGCCGUCCGGCAGAACAACCUCCACCGCAUCUAGUACCGAAGCGAAAAACGUCCACCAUUGCCCCGAUGGUGGUGGCGAAUGCGACUACCGUUUCGAAAACAAACGCCAAACCGGAAGAGAAAAUUGUGCCACUCGCACUGGAGGGUAACCAUUAUCUGGAUGGUGUGUGUCUGAGCGAGCACGGUUUGCAUCAGAUCAAAGCACUGCAGGCAGAGUUUGGUAAGCGUGGCAAACGGAAACCGAAACUGCCGCUCGAACCACCGCCAACCGAAAAGGACGCUGGCAUACUGGCGGCGAUCGAGUCGGUAGUUGCGGGCAGUAGUCACGAUAACUCGCUCGAAGAAAUGCGUCUCGAACCGUUGGAUCCGAAGGAGGAGGCAGAAAUCUACAAAGACGGUAUGGUGUGGAACGAUCCAACACCACCGGAAGGGUUUGCGCUGUUUACGACGGAAAACGGUACGGUCGUGCUGCGUAAGAAACGGCAGCGAAACCUGCAAAAACUAGGCAUCGGUGGUUUCUUCGUGCGGAACCGUGGCAUACGAACGAAGGACGGCAAGGAGGACGAAGAUCUGGUGGAUGGGCUGGCAGAGGACGGCACGGAUGGGGCAGGUGGUGCGGGUGGAACAAAACCAAAGAAGAAGCCAAUCCGACGCAAGCCGAAGAGUAAGCUAAUAGAAAUCUAUCCCAGCAUUCUGCAGGAUGCAUUUUUCGGUCGGACGCUGCUCAACUCGAACAUGCCCAUGUUUGAGGCACCGGCAAGCGAUGAUGACGGGGUGCGCAGUGACGUUUCCGACGACAAAACGUUAAAGCUGACCGCCGAAGAGUUGAAGCUAUUCGAGGCUGUGAAAAGUAAGCAGGAGGAAGUGGGCAGUCAAUCUAAGGACCAUUCCGAACAUCCGGCCAUUUCAGCCGCUGCCAUCGCUGGUCAGAUUGGGCAGACUGUGAAGAGUCCAGCGAAUGUAGCGGCACUGUCACAAAAUGUUGGACAACAGCGACCAACAACCACUACGGCAGCAGUGUCGCAACAGCAUCCCGGUACGAAUGUACCAUCAUCAUCAGCUGUGCUUUUGUCUUCCACCGGUUCGAACCCUGCAGUUAGCAAUUUUAACUCGAAAGAUACACCGAACGGUGUGCAUGUGGGAACGAACAGCAACACCACCACCAAGAUGGAGGAAGACGAAAACAGCGACACGGAAGCGUUGAACGAUGUGCUGGGUUUGCCGAACGAUUUAAUAGAGGAAGAUUUCGUAAGCCAAAUCAUGACCGAGGACGAGCUGAUGAAACAUUCCGGAGCAUUUGAUGAGCUGGCGACAGAUCCGGAGCUAACCGAUACGUUGGCAAAAUCGUCGAAAGAUGAGCUGGUAGAUAUGUUGAGCCCUCACUUUGAUCUGACCAACAUCGGUCAGAUGGAUAGCAAGGUGGUGGAGGAAAUUUUCAAAACCGUUCUUACGGACGAAUCACAGGAAUCUCAGGAAUCAAUGCUUGCCAGUUCUAUGACACCCUACACCUCAAACACAUCGACACCCUCUCAUAGUGCCGAUGUAACGAAAAAGGCUGUGAACACACGAUACAUUGCAACGGGCGGACAGACGAUGGUACAAACACCACAGCCGCAACAUUCAAUGCAAGAUCCGCUUCAAUCACAGCAGCCACCACUGCCGGUUACGCAUCAGCAAACACAACAACGAUCAUUGCAGCAGCAGAUAGUGUUAUCGCAAUCGAUACAACCUCCCAACCAGCAGACCGUGCUUUCGGACCAGCAGCAACAGCAGCAGCAGCAACCGUCCAUCGGUGCCAUAAUGGGUAGUGUACAAGCGACGAGUCAAACGACUCAGCAGAUAAGCAAUCCGAUGGCUGUGAUGCCUCAGUCACACAUAUCGCAGACCGGCAUCGGACAACAGGGACCGAUGGGUGGACAGAUCAUGCUGCAACAGCAGCAACAACAGCAACAAUCUCAACACCAACCUGGAAGCGGUGGAAUUAUGUCAACCGGCAUUAUGCAACCAUCGGGUAUGGGUCCUAAUGUAACCCAACAGCAGCAACCACAGGGGAUGUCCAAUACUUUCUCCAUGAUGCCGCAACAGCAACCGCAGCAACAGAUGUCACUGCCGGUCGGGACAGUGGUCGAUGCAAACACGCCAAAUCAGCAACAACUAUCUCGAGGGUAUUUUUCCAAUGACUUCCAUUCACACAGCACCAUGCUUGGCGGAUAUCAGGAUCCCGUACAGAAUCAACCGUCGGGUACGAUUACGGCCCAGCCACAAAUACAACCGACCGGUCAGUGGACGAAUCAGAACCUACAAUCGGUACCGAGCUCAACACCGAUGGAUACUACACCGGUAUCGGUUCCAAUUUUACCGGGCGUACCAACCGGUACGGGCGCGGUUGGUGAAAUGAUCGGUACCUUAGACGACACGAAUGUGAAAAGUGCGCAAAAAUUGUCCGACAAAAUGCGCAAGGAUGAAAUGCUGGGAGAUAUGUCAACGAUUUCAUCCGUGCUGUACUGCAACAUGCGCCAUCCAGAGCUGAAAACGGAGUUUCCCAACUGGAACGAUCGUUGGAAACAAAUCAGCAAACGGUGGCGAUUGUUGUCGAACGAGGAAAAGCAACCGUUUCUACAGCAGGCCCGUGACAAUCGGUCCGCCAGCAAGAUGAAGAAAACGCAACAGGUACCACAAUUAUCACCCAAAGAUGGCAAUAGCAAUAGUUCUGGUACGAUGAACAUUGUUGGCCCAUCGUCCGCAUCUUCCCCCUCUUGUUCCUCAUCAUCGAACAUAUCGGGAUCGCUAACAACGGAAUCGGGUUCAAUCUUAAUCGGUUCGGACCAAACGGUGGCGGCUGGCGGUUUGGUUCAGCAGCAUCCAAUCAACAUACAUCAUCAUCCGCAGCAACAACAGCAGCAGCAGCAGCAGCAGCACCAGCAGCAACAGCAAGUACCCGGUGGUCAUCAACCGAUGCUGCAGCAAACAUCACACGGACAGCAGCAGCAGCUGCUGCACGGCAACGCGCCGCUACAGUCCCAACUACUUGAGGAUCAAGAUAAGAUAAAUGCACAGCAGAAAAGUAUGCGUGAAGCGGAACAGGAACGGCAAUGGAAGCAGUUGCAGCAGCAACGCGCACGCGAACAACAAUCGCAACAGCAUUUGCUAUUGCCCGAGCAAAGGAUGCAAGGUGAUCCCACCAUGCAGCUACAGGUGGCGACCGAUAUUGGAACUGCCGGCGUUGGACCAAUGGCAAGCCCAUCGCCCAAUUCGCGCGGUCCUUUCGUGUCGCCAGUCAGCAAAAAUCGUAUGGUACCGGCCGUAGGUACGAUGGGCAUGAAUGCACCAUCCAGUCCGGUUUCAGGCAACUUUCAGCAUCCCAGUAUGGGUAUGCCGGCCAGGGGACUUCCUGUACAGAUGCAGCAACAGCGUCAAAUUCCCGCGCAAGUUGGUGGUCCAACGGUGCGAAUGCCGUUAAGUCCAUUUUCGCCGCAAUCACAACAGCCCCAAUCACCCCACGAUAUUCUGCCCGAAUCACCAGCCAGCCAGCAUUCCGGGAUGGAUCCGUUCGUACGGCCCCCGUCGGAGGGUAUGGCCGACACGUACGCGGUGCAUCAUUCACCCCAAACGCCCCGUUCGAUGGGACACCAAAGUCCGGUUGCGGCAACGAAUAGAAGCCCGGCAUACUCGGGACCACAGAUGGGCACGAAUGCGGCCGGCACACCGACCGGCAUGCGUAUCAACACGAUGGAUUCGUAUGCUGCAGCACCGGGCACGCCAAGGCCACAAUUUUCCACCGGCACCUCAAGGCCAACGGUAUACGCGCGUCCAAGUGAAUUGUUCAAUCUUAUGCAAAACUCUCCGUUUGCUUCACCGCGCUCGGAAGGUUUCGCACAGUCGCCGCAGGAAGGAAAUCGACAGCUGCGUGAUUUGUUACAACGGCAGCAACUGCCGGCACCGAACAAUCCGGUCAGCGGCUCAACCGUGGGUGGUACCAACUUAAUGCAGCAGCAAACUGCCGCCCAACAGUCGCCUCAGUCAGUACAAUCUCCUGGUGGAUUUAUGGACGAUCAACAGCAUCAGCAGCAACAACAACAGCAACAACAGUCCCAGCAACUUCAGCAGCAACAGCUUCAGCAGCAACAACAACAACAACACCAGCAACAGCAACAAUUGCAACAGCAGGCUCAGCAGCAAUCAUCACAAAUGCAUCAUCAACAAUCACAGCUACAGCAGCAGCAACAACAGCAGCAGCAACAGACAGGAAUAGUACAAACCCAAGGAACAGUAAUGCCUUCUAGUCCGACCGAUAUGGGAACAUUCAGGCAACCAUUGCCACCAAAUAUGAUGGCACGCCCGCGCAUGCCCGGCACAAUGAUUCGUCCAUCGGGCAACAUUGUUCUUGGUGCGAACAAUCAAAUAUUAGUACGUCAGCAAAUCGUUCGCACGGGCGGCCCUAAUCAAAUGGUCAUCACACAGCAGGGCAUGAUACAGCAGCAACAGUCCGGCCAAAUAAUGCGCCAACGCAUGCAGCUUGUUGGACAAACCGGAACCAACGCCCCGGAUGGUACGCAAUUUGUAACGCCCAACGGUCAGCUAAUACAUUCGCAGCAACAGCAGCUGCUGAAUCAGCAGCAGUCACAAGUAUUAACCACUUCCCAAACCGAUCAGCAAAACAUAGCGCUACUAGCGCAACGGCUUGCGGGUGAAGGUGAAGCACACGCGCCUUCCCAAAACAUUUCCCGUGGACCGCAAGCAGCACCGCAACAGCAGGCUGCAUCAAAUCAGCAACAAGCGGCGAAUUCUGCGGGUGGUCCCCAAUCGGAAGGUUCGUCCGAAAUUCCCGACAGUGUCAGUGCCGAACUGGAAAAGCUGGAACAGGAAGAUAAUACCGGUAUGGGCGAGGUGGAAGGUGUUGGUGAUCUACUCGGUGAGCUCGAUGAUGAUGAUGCGGAGCUGCUCGAUUCGUUGACUGCCGAAAUGGGUGAUCACUUCAACAUACUCGAGUAUGCCGAUCCUGAACUGGAUACAACGGAUGGUGAAAAGUCUAACCUGCUCGAUAGCUUAGAGUUGGACGAUGAAGCGAAAGAUGCCGAAGCGAAAACAAGGCAAAAGCAGGGUGAAAAUGUUGAUUCAACGUAUGAGAAAAUGGAAGAGCAAAAUAAACAGGUCGGUGGAGCAACGGUUGCAAGAAACAUGGCGCCGGGUGGAAUCGUACAGCAAGACAUUUCAAACGCAGGCGUAGUUGGACAAAAUACGAUGCAAAACAGCAACUUUGCCCCCGUUCAGAACCAAAUGAUGCAACAACAGCAGCAACAGUUUGGACAGCAGCAGAUGCUUAACACCGUUACCGGGCCGCAACAGAAGCUUUCGGCGGCGACCCAAAUGAAAACGUUACGACCGAACUUAAUAGGGCCACCUUCCAUGCAGCAAAUGCAACAACAGCAAUCACAGCAACAGCUGCAACAAGGAGUUGUCGUCGGACAAAAUACAAUUGUUGGCGGUCCUAGGAUGAUGGCAGCAGAUGGAACUGUUGUUGGAACCGCAACCAUGAAGGCUGGCUUCAUGAACCAACAGCGCAUGCAGCAGUUAAAACAGCUUGGACCAAAUGGUGGAGGUGGUAUGGUGCAGAACAUCAUACCGACCGGUCAACCGCAACCAAGGAUGAUACAUCAAAUGGCUGGUAACAGGAUGAUACAGACGCCUUCCAACCUCCCAAUACAGGCGCAGCAAUCGCACCAGCAGCAGCAGCAGCAGCAGCUCAACGCAGGCGUUACCAACCAGUCGCAAAUUGCAAUGCAACAGCAACAUCAGCAACAACUGCAAGCCCAGGUACAGGGCGUUCAACAGCAGCAGCAGCAGCAGCAGCAGCAACAGCCUACAGCUGUUGGUCAGCCACCGCCUCCACCGUACCCGGAACCGCCUCCACCGUAUCCCGGUAACCAAUCUGGACCAAACGUACCGAUUGGUGGAAAUCCAAUGCAGGAGCAGCGUCUAUUGCUGGAAGACAUGGUGGAACAGGAAAAGCGUGAACAGGCCAAUCAAUUGCAGCACGCCGGUGAAAUGCCAUCCAAUCAAGGCAUGAUGAAUGAUCAGGAUUAUGAUAGAUUGCUGAAUAACCAGCAAGGUGUUGGCCGUCCCUUACAGCAGCAACCGGGUAUGGUAGCAGCACAGCAAAUCCAAACCCAGCAGCUGCAAUCGCCUACGGUGAUGCACCAACAGCAGCUUCAAAUGCAAUCACCCAACGGUGGUCAGUUUAUGAUACAACAGCAUCAACAGCAGCAACAACGCAUGACUACACAACAAUGGCGUCCAAUGGCACCAUCGCAGUCAACACCGAACCAGGGUGUUAACGUAAUUGGGCAGCAGCAACAGCCACAAAUAGCUGGCGGUGGCGGACUUAUUAAUCAGCUGCCAAAAAAUACGACGGUAUCGAUGACGCCGGUUCCAUCGCCCUCGUCGACCGGAACGGGUACCGUUCCGCCGCAAACUGAUCCUUCGGGCAACAAAUCGAUACCACUGUUCCAGGCGAAUCUGCAGCCACAACCACCGCAACCACCAGAGACGAUCGCUACCGAGCAAGAUCGGUUGCUGCAGAUAAACUACGAAACCUGGCUAAAUCAGCAAAAUACCGUGCUAUCAAAUCAGCUAAAAUACUACGAAACUGAAAUAGUGAAACUGCGAAAGGUGAAAAAGCAACUCAAUACCAAGCAGCGACAUUUGCGCAAACAGGGCAACGAGCUGACGGAGCACGAUGCAAAAGAACUGCAACGAAUCACUGCGGAUCAUACGAUCAUACAGAAGCAGCUGGAAAAUGCUCGACGCCAACAACGGCAACAUUCGGUGAUACUGCAAGAGUACAAAACGAAACAUCAGUCGAACAAAGCACAAACUUCCGGUUCGACAACACCGGUUGGAGCACCUGGCAGUUCACCGGCUCAAUCGCUUAUCGCGCCACCGUCUCCAUUGAUGUCGCCAUCUCCGAGCUCUCAACCUGGUCCGCUUUAUCAUCCCCCGGUACAGUCACCAUUGGGCAAUCCCAUUCUGCAGCCUAAUCAAAGCCCGCUGCACUCACCCAGUCCGCUGCUGUCUCACAGCCCGGGUCCGGCCAGUGUUAACUCAUCCGUUCUGCAAAGCCCAGGCGGCAAUCAUACGAAUUCGAACAGUGCAAUGUCGCCGUACAGCACGAUGCAACCUUCGCCCCGCAUCGGAACACCGCAUUCACAGAUUGAUGAAAAUCCGUUCAGUCCCGGUCCCGGUGGUCCUUCACCGUCUCCAUCACUGCCCGGACGAUUGACGUCUCCAGCACCACGAAUGACCUCACCCCAGCAUCGUAUGGCCGGACAGCAGCUGGUAGUUGGUGGUGCAGGCCGCAUGGUACCUAGCCCUGGCAAUCAAUUUAAUCAGCAAGGCAUGACGAUGCAAAACUCCAUGAUGAACCCACAAAUGCCGCAACAACAGCAACAGCUUCAGCAACAGCAACAGCUACAACAGACGCGCUUUGUAAGGCCUCAAACCAUACCGAACGAUCCGAAUGUGCGAAUGCGAGUUGCAAACAGUAUACAGAUGCAACAGCAGCAACAACAACAGCAACAACAACAACAAAUGAUGGUUCAAAAUCCUAACAUUCGUCAGGUACAGCCGGGUGCUGUUGUAGGCACUGGUUACAACUCUCCAUUGGGGAGCCCACAGCCGAUCAUGUCACCGGGUGGUAGCAUGAACCAGCAACAACAACAACAACAACAACAAAACAUGCAACAAUCGCAACAGUCGAUGGAUCCACGCUCAAUGCAGCUGUUUCUACAGCAACAACAACGUAUACAACAAAUUCAACAACAACGUCAACAGAUGAUGCAACAACAACAGCAGCAACAGCAGUCACCGCAGCACGGUGGUUCUACAGCUACUGGAGCAAUGAUGCAUCAACAACAACAGCAACAACAACAGCAACCUAAUCAGCAGCAGAUGCAACUAAUGCAGCAACAGCAACAACAAUUGCAGAUGCAACAGAUGCAACAACAGCAGCAGCAAAUGCAGCAACAACAGCAACAGCAGAUGAAUUACGCAAAGCAAAGUCCGAUUCAUCAGCAACCACCUUCACCGCUGUUGAAUCAUGGCGGUGGAAGUACACCCACAUCUUCACCGAUGCCCCAAAGCCCGAUGAUGUACUACAGCCAACAGCAACCACAACAACAGCUGCAACAGCAACAGCAGCAGCAACAACAGCAACAAGGGCAACAGAUGCAGCAGCAGCUGAUGCGCCAGCAAUCGAUGCCAAACUGUGAAGGCUACUCCAAUGCGGGUGGCGGCGGUGGUAUGAACCAUCCGUCCAAUCCGAUUCCGCUGCCAUAUGGGAAGUUCGGUUACAUCAAGCUCGGUCUUCGCGGUGGUUCCCCAAUGUGGGGUAAUGCACGAGGGAAUAAGCGUGCCAAUCCGGUCGCACAGUUUCAGCAACAGCAGCUGCAAAAACAACAGCAAUUGCAGAAACAACAACAACAACAACAGCAAACUGUUGCUAGUGCUAGUAACGCGGGCACAUCUGGAACACGCACGCCGCAAGCUACAAUUUCGUCCGAAGUGAGAAAGCAACCCGGUAACGCAACCGGUGCAUUUAUACAGCAUCGCAAUCGCAUCACUAUCGUACAGAAACCGGCCGGUAGUGUAACGGCGGCCGUAAUGAACGCCGUCGGUGUCACCCUGAAGCCGGUAGGGGGUGGUGGAACGGAUACGAUAGUCAACAGUAACGCCAACAGCAGCUCCAAUGUGGAAGAGAUCGUGGUAAUUGACAGCAGUCCGGAUGAGAAACAGCAGCGAUUGCUGGAUUAUGACGAUGAUAACGAUAAGACGCUGGUCGGUACGGAGGUGUCACUGAACUCGGUAGCACAGCACGGUGUCGAUGGGGAUGAAGCAAUCAUGGAACCGUUCGGUACCGGUACGCCAGCGGGAUAUGAAAUCGUUGGAAGUCCGCUCGAUUCCCAGAUCGCUGCCGGUGAAUAUAAUCUCUUCUCGGACGACGUGGUUGAGUGUGUGGACAGUGAGGAUGGGACGAGCGUUUCGGGUGCAAAGAAGGACACCCGGAUGGUUGCCGUGGAGCUGCUGAUGGAUGUGGUCGACAGCAGCUCCAAGGAUAAACCAUUGCUGGGCAGCUCGGAAAUCGAGAUAGUGGAAAGCAUAGACGAGAGUAGCAUCGGUACGACAGCGGAAGAUUUUGAAGCAAUGAUCGACAGCCGGCCGAAAGCAAGUACACCGCCAGUGGUUGUUGCGGAAGUGCAAAGUACCGCACCGAAAGCAGAUACCACUAACGCGCGAAAGGAAGAGAAGAUCGUUGAAAAAGCAGCUACUCCCAAGAAAGAAGUUACGGUGGUAACAGUGCAGCAGCAGCAGCAACAGCAAAAUCCAAAGCCAAUCUCGUACCCGACCGCGCGCAUUGCUAUCCAGCAAGCUUUGAUGCAGAACCGUCCAAUCGUUGCUGCCGGUCAUCAGCGUUUCGUGAAGGAUGCAACCGAAUCGACGGCAAAGCUGUCCAUCGGCAACACUACCAUCUCGGUGCCGAUACUGAAAAGCUUUCCAACGGCCGGCACACCUUCGAAACAGUCCGGCGGGGAACAGAGUGUCGCGAGCAAGGCCGCCACAAUUGCUACGCAUUCGAAGAAAAUUAUCAACACCUCGGGCGGGCUAUCGAUCAGCAACAUUGCCAAAAGCCCGUCCGGCGGUACCGUGAUUGCAGUGGCAGGUCAGAAAAUUAACACCACAAGCAUCGUAACGCUUUCGUCGCUAAAUCUUAACCAAUCGUCACCGUUCAUAACGAAAACGUUUGCGCGUCCCGGUGGUGCGUUAACCAUACAGCAGCAAAAGCAAAUACCCCUCGGUUCGCAGAUAAAAAUUCAGCAAAAUCCACAAUCCAUAGCAGCAGCCACAGCCGGAAUUCAACAGCAACAAGCCACCCAACAGGCCGUCACCAUUUCGGCGGCGAAUGCUAACCUGGCGAGCGCUUCAACCGUCGGCACGAGCAUGGCUUUUGCCGUGGCGCAAGGCACUGGCCAACAUUCGGCCAUAGCACAGCAGCAAAUUGAGGGUAUCGUUGUGAAAACGGUUACCAAACCAAAAGUAUCAUCGUCACCGAGCCUGAGCUAUGCAAAGCUAUCUUCCCUUACCGUGACGCAAGAUGCAUCACUGCCGACCAAAAUCUUUGAAGAUGAUUCUAUCUCACCGGACAGUUCGAUUAGCCAGGAAGAUACGGAGCAGCUGCCGUUGGAUAAAUCCGAUCUACCCGGACCAGAUGAUGGCACGGCGAAAACUGUUACCACCGUUCUAGCGGAACCAUCGACCCAAGGCAGCCAAGACAGCGCAGCCAACGCGGAACCAAACCAAACGUCCGAAUCGAGCGUCAAGAGCAAGCAGAACAUCAUUCCGGUACAUGUGAUAGCAAAAUCGCGCGAAAAUUCACGCAGUCCCAUAUUAACCGGAGCGUCGGGUCAGCGCAUCGUCUCAUCGAUGCCACAGCUGUCACCGUUGUCGCAACCGAACGAGCUAACGCUAAAUGCGAUGAAUGUGUCCCAGCAGGUGCGUUCAAUCAUGUCCUCAAUAAGCGUCUCUAACGCAGCGAACGUUACGGUCAGCAGCGCACCGAGUGUCGUACUGUCCGUGGCACCAUCCGUCCUGACCACGGCGUCCGGCGUACCGACCACGAACGUAUCGACGGUGGCAGCAAGCAACAUAUCCACCAUAACGUUCGACACAAUACUUCCCUCGAAAGGUGACAACAUGAGCAAAACGGAAACAAUUGCUAGCAUUCUGAAAACGGUGUCAGGAAAAACGAUUCUCCCAGCGGCAGCGAUCGCUAGCAAUACGAACCUGAUAAAAACUUCCGAGCAGAGCGGUGGACCAUCGUUAACGUCGACCACCAUCACGCAGAUACCCGGUACAAAGCUGAUCACGCAACAGCUGCAACUGAGUCGGCUUCCCGGUCAAACGAUUGGCGGUGGUAACAGUGGUAACUUUCUCGUUGUCAAACAGUUGCGCACACCAAACAAGCAGCCAGGUCAAAACCACACCCAGAAGCAGCUGGUCGUACUAACGCAGCAGGCACAAGGAGGACAGCAAAUUAAGCUACAAUCGCAUCAACCGCAACAGCUGGCGGCUGGCAACAGUGUCAUCAUACAGAGCCAACCGAGCGGUACCGGCGGUGGUAGUUUUGUGAAGAUAUCGGCAGCAACACCCACCAUAGUGUCCACCGGUGGUGAUUCAACGAGCAAAUCGACCACCACAACGGUUGACACGAACAGUACUAGCGGGAUUGCGACCAUACUUAGCAACGCGAACCAACAUAAAGCGCUAGCCACGCCGCAACAAACCGCACAACAAGUUCAACCACAUGCAGCACCGAUGCAGAGUUCUUCAGCACAGCAAAUAAUAUGCACCAAUCAGGCAACGGGACAGACAAGGAUACUUAAUCUCGGCACCGUGGUAGCAACCGGUGACGGAACGUCUAGCAGCCAAACGAAAUCGAUCGUAAUGAGCGCGUCACGGGCCGCAACGAUAACCAGUAUCAACGUAACGUCAACCACAGCAACGCCCGUUGCCAGUAUCUUAAGCGCCACGCUAUCGCAACCGCUUAUAAAAACUGGACACAUACCAUCUUCCAUUACGACGUUGCUCCAAAGCCAGCUGCAGAGUGCGGCUUCAUUCCGUCGGUCCAAGUCUACCGAUGAGGCACCGGUCCAUGUACAUGGGCGUGAAACGGCAUCGCAAAUAUUGAGCAAACGGCUCAGCCUGGAGGCAACGAACGUCGUGAAAAGCGAACCAGUCGAUAGUGCAUCAGAUGAGGCAAGCGUAAGUUCGACAUCCGCGUCCACGUCGACGCCAGCAUCCGGCAGUGGAAAUCAAUCGAAGGGCGAUACAUCCGGUACCGCUGGUGGAUGUAAAUUCUCCACCAUGACUUCUUCCGGGUCGGCUGCAAAGUCGGAAGAUUCACAAAACGUUUUGUUGAAGCAGCUGUUGCAAAACAGUGGAGGAACGACCGCAUCGGUAUCAUCACCGGCACCAUCACCGAUCAGUGGCCGUACCGUGCCAAGUUUGAUAACAAGCCAGCGAGCGCCAAGCUUGGGUGUGGUUAGUUCGCUCGAAGCCCAGCUAGCGCGUCCCGUAAUUCCACCGUCGGCAAAUCCUCCAGCAAUACAAAUCAUUAGCACGCAAGCCAUACCGUCGAUAGCAGCCGCAAUCACGUCCAUAUCGUCGUCGACUGCAUCUUCAACGACUUCGGUCACUGUUGCUGCGCUGACGAAUUCAUCCACCACCGCGUCCACCGGAAGCACGGUAACAAGCAUGGCGGUAACUACGGCAGUCAACAGCAGCAGUUCCAGUGUUACCAGCAACAGUACGGUGGAAGCUACGAAAACGAAACUCAUCUCCAGAGAAACUUCCUUCGUCUCCAAACCAUCCGGAAUAUCGUCGAGCCAUCCGACACCGAACCUAGCUGCAAAUAUGCUGGCCGCUAGCAUAAAGAAGGAAGAAAUGCUACAGGCCGCAGCAGCGGCGGCAUCGGGCAGUUUUCCCACCGGCGUCCCGGCAGCGGGCGUCGCCCAGGGCACGGUGAAAAUUGAAUCUGGCUCGAUUACCGUAACGCAGAUUCAAACUUCACAACCAUCGACCGUUACAUCGCAACAGCUACAGACAACGGUGAAGUCAUCCGUGCCGCAGCAGCAAGCGAACUCUCAACAAUUUCAACAGCAAAACAACCAACUACAGACAAAAGCGUCCAGCGCACCGGUCGUAGUGUCCGUGAGCGCUGCCCCGAAUGUUGCUGAUACAAAUGUAACCAUCACGAAACGUGACCUUCAAACAACGCAAACAACCGCAAGCGUUACGCCAGUGUUGCAAACGGGCAUCAGCGUGACAGUGACGACCAAAAAUGUCCCAGCUGAUGAGCAGAAACGGUUCGUGCCGAGUCCGGUACAGGUUGGAGAAACGACAAUUGUUCGAACUCCUACGCCAACACCAUCCACCGGACCGUUGCAACAACCGCCCAAGUCGUCUCCCGUUGCCCCAAGACCUGAAACACCGGUUGAAGUGAAGAAAGAGUUGGAAUUACCGAUAGGCAGUGGGACAACAUCUGUGUCCACCAUCACCACUACGGCUGGUGCAACUAGUUUAGCUGCGACGCAACCAAUCUCGACGAUGGGUCCUCCAGUAUCAAUGCCACCGUCCGUCUCACCAGCAACGGCUCAAACAACACCGGCACUAAAGUCCCCACUAACGCCAACUGCCAAUGAUCCUAUUACGGCAACAAGCGUUUCACCAGCUGCUGCGAGAACAGAAGCUGGCCCUUCCCCUAUGGGAACCGCCAUCGUCAAGGAGGAACCGAUCGAUAAUAACUCAGCCGAGCAGGCAGCUAAAAGGGCGGCAGAAAUUGCGCUCGAGCUCAAGAAGAAAAAGCGUCGCGAGUAUCAGAAAAAUCGCCGACAGAUGCAAAUUCAAUCAAACAAGGACAACCAGCACAGCCAGGCUAAGAAGAAGCCGAAAAAGUCGGUCAAAAUCGAGGAAGAUUACGAUACCUGUAUAGAUAAUUUGAUGGGACAGUUGCGACAGUUACCACCGAUGCAGAUAUUGGAACCCCAGCUGCCACGCAAUUAUGGUGUCUGCUCGGUGUUCGGUACGGGGGAUCUGUCCAAGUUUACCAACCUGAAAGGCUAUUCGAUCGCAUCUGGUGAUCUUGAGGGUAGUUACGGCGAUGCACAAAUCCCAUCGGUGGCGGACUUUUACAACACGAAACCGUUCGGCAUAAAGGAUCCGCCACCGGAACCGACGCCCGUUUCCAUACAUCGAGGAUUUUACGAUCAGGAGUUCGCACCGAUCAAGUUCGAAAUGGAGGAACGCCAGCGGUAUGAGUUUGUGCGCGACCGUGAGCUUGAUUCGCCCGAUACGAUCAUCAGCACAUCGAGCCCGGAAUGUAUACGAUGGGAUUCUCCGGUCGGAUUUCCGGGUCUCCGGUUGAUCAAGGAAGAACCGAGCGAAGACGAUCAAACGACCGUGUACCGGCAGAUGUCACCAGUGGUACCGAUACUGGCGCCGAUUCCAAUACGCUUGCGCAAAGGCAUCACACUGUCCGUCGACACGGUGCGUGCUAAUGGCACAGCGAAUAACACGGACAGUAACAAAGAAAACGAAGGAUUCAAGGAUGUGCUGGGUGUGAAGUCUCGCUUUGGACCACCGACACCGCUGAAGGAUACCAGCAAUGUAACGGUCACGCUAACGCUUACCUCAUCGGCCGUUGAUGAUAUAUUCGGUGUGUUGCGCGAUCUGGCCAAUAUGCUGGAGAUCCCGCCACCCACUACGUAUCAGAUAGUGGAACGCACCGUAUCACCGACCAGUCAAAAGCUUGGCCUGUACCGUACGAAAGGUAGAGAUGGCAAGGAAGGCACACCGAUCGACAUUCAAACCAUCCUGAAUGGAUCGGCCCGCUUUUGUCGCCAUUGCGAUGUGGUGAUACUGAACAACAUAAUCAUCGCAAAUGCGUCCGAGUUCCCGCUGCUAACCGGCAGUGGAGACAGCACUAAUCAUGAGCUAGAAUCCGAGGAGCUCUACUUCUGUGACGAACAGUGCUAUCGGCAGUUUAAGUGCUGUCCAACAAACAUUCUGGAAGAGAGUGGACGAAGCAUUGCCGCUUCACCUUCCGGUGGAGAAGGUAUUGUAACGGUGAAUCACAAACUGGACAAAAAUCUACCGACCACUGACACUCUGCCAGAGAGUGGUGGCAUUGUGGAUAUUAAGCAGGAAGUGUUGGAUGAUGUGGAAAUGGAGGAUGCAAACAGUGCAAAGGAUACGCAGCACGGUAGUGCCGACCGUAAGAAGAAACAUUCGGAUGAGGGUAUAGAGAAAGACGUACAGUCCGGCGCACCGCCAACAAAACAGAUGAAGGGAGUCCGGUACAAAGUGUACACGCCCAACUGCUUCGGUGUGCAGCGCUUCAAGAAGCCGAGCGAAAAGGAAAUCACGGAAACACUGUUCCGGAUGAGCAUCACUGUGACACCGUCGCCAAAGAUGCCGGACGAUACGCGGCGCUGUAUCUUCUGCCAUACGGUCGGCGAUGGUGUAGCGGAUGGGCCGUCCCGGCUACUCAACUACGACGUGGACAAAUGGGUACAUCUUAACUGUGCCCUCUGGUCGGACGGUGUGUACGAAACCGUGAACGGUGCACUGAUGAACCUGGAGAACGCGCUACAGCAAAGCUUAACCUCGGUGUGUGCCUUCUGCAACAACCUUGGCGCAACGGUGAAGUGUUUCAAGACGCGCUGCGCCAACGUGUACCAUCUGAGCUGUGCGAUGAAGGAUAGUUGUGUUUUCUACAAGAACAAAUCCACCAUGUGCCAGACGCACGCACCGAAGACGGAGAAGGAUUCGGAGCUGACCACGCUAAGUGUACAGCGCCGGGUGUACGUCGAACGGGACGAAAGCCGUCAGGUCGCGUCGGUAAUGCAUCACUCAGAAUCGAACAAUUUGUUGCGCGUGGGUAGCUUAAUCUUCCUGAACGUGGGACAAUUAUUACCGCACCAACUGCAAAGCUUCCAUACGCCAAAUUACAUCUAUCCCAUCGGCUACAAAAUAAUCCGUUUCUACUGGUCGAUGCGCCGUCCGAAUAAGCGCUGCCGCUAUAUUUGCUCGAUCGCAGACGUGUGCGGGCGUCCAGAGUUCCGCGUGCUGGUGCAGGAAACGUCCGAGGAAGAUAUCGAGUUGCGCGAUGCAACGCCGAAAGCCGUCUGGCAACGUAUACUGGAACCGAUGGCGCAACUAAGAAAGAGCUGCCACAUUGUGCAACUCUUUCCGAAAUACAUCACCGGCGAAGAUUUGUUCGGAUUGACCGAACCGGCGGUGGUACGCAUCUUGGAAAGCUUACCAGGCAUCGAAACGCUCACCGACUAUCGGUUCAAGUAUGGGCGCAAUCCGCUGCUGGAGCUACCGCUAGCGAUCAAUCCCUCCGGUGCGGCCCGAACCGAACCAAAGCUAAAGCAUUCGCUGUCGUGGAAAAAGCCCCACACACAGCGUACCGGUUCCGUCAGCCAACGGCCAACGUUCGUGCCGACUAGUUCACCGGCCGGUGAAGUUGCCUGUCCCUACAGCAAACAGUUCGUACAUUCGAAAAGCUCCCAGUACAAGAAGAUGAAGCAGGAGUGGCGCAACAACGUUUUUCUCGCACGUUCAAAGAUCCAGGGACUCGGGUUGUAUGCGGCACGCGAUCUCGAGAAGCACACCAUGGUGAUCGAGUACAUCGGCGAGGUGAUACGGACCGAGGUGUCGGAACUGCGCGAGAAGCAAUACGAAGCGAGGAAUCGCGGUAUCUACAUGUUUCGGUUGGAUGAGGAGCGUGUAGUCGACGCAACGCUUAGCGGUGGUCUUGCGCGAUACAUUAAUCACUCUUGCAACCCGAACUGCGUAACGGAAAUAGUGGAGGUAGAUCGGGAGCUGCGAAUCAUCAUCUUCGCCAAACGGCGGAUCAACCGUGGGGAAGAGCUGUCCUACGACUACAAGUUCGACAUUGAGGACGAUGCACAUAAGAUAUCGUGUAUGUGCGGUGCACCAAACUGCAAGAAAUGGAUGAACUAAGCACGGCAAAUGCGCGUAAAGCGUCUGCAUUUUUUUACACACCAUGUUACCUCGUCAUCAUUGCAGUUGUAUGUAAUUUAUGUGAAUGUUGGGAACCUAUUCCGGCAGGUAUAUUAUGCCUGUUUUCUUUCGUUAGACAACCAGCUCUGCUGCAAUCUUGUAGGCCACAGCAAUAUUAUAAUGAAGAAUGCGUUUGUAAUGUGUCAGAAAUGUGCAAGAAUACGUGUAUGUAAAUGUGUUUUUUUUUUAUGUUUUAGAUAUUUCUUUUUUCUUUUCGUUUGUUCUUAUCUAUGUUAGGAGUUGGCGUUGGAUUAGCGUACGAAAUAGAAGGAAAAUUAGCUUUUAGAAAGCAAUGGUAAAUAUUGUGUAGUUGGCAGUUAGUGUAUGCAUACUGCUCGAAGGUUUACGAUACGAUAAGUGAAUAGAACAAUAAGGUGAUAGUGAAUAAAGGAUAAAGGGAAACAGUUAUUUUAAUGACCAUGUUACAGCAUCACGCACGUUAACGGAUACAUCUUGACCUUCCCUGAAGAGAAGCAAACAUUAGGAUCAAAGGCAUAUAUACACUCAUAAUAUAUAUAUACACACAUAAGAAUCGUGCAUAUGUCUAUGCAGAGUAUAUAUAUAUAGCUACAUAUAUAUAAAUAUAUAUUUUCGGACGAUUAUUUUAGCAAGCAUAUUUUGCUAUAUACAAGAAAAUAAUGUCGAACAAAGAAUGGUAAUAUUGGUGAAGCGUGUGCAGCUGAGAAACUAACACUAACAAAUUACCUAAUUAUUAAGCUUUCGUUUAAAAAUUAUACGGCGCCGCAUGAGCAAUUUCAGAAAUGUUAUUAGACGGUAUAAUAAUUCACAAGUGGACGGUACAGGAUCAUUAAAAACUGUGAAUGCGGUUGCGAAAGUGAGUGAAGCCUUACUCAUUCGACAGGAAAAAACACCCAUUUGUGGUCCCGUUUUCCUUUUGCAUCUCCUUUUUAUACACAGUACUACACAUGUUACUAGGCGGACAAGUUAGUGGAGCUCUUUAUAGGACUAGGAACAAAUAGGCAAACAACAAAAUGAAACACAAGAUGUGGUGAAAUGUGUACUAAAAUAUGCAAAUUAAUAUAACAAACACACAGCAGUA